GUGAGCGGAUGCUUUUAAUUGUGUAAUAAUUGGCCGCCGAAAACACUCCCGCUGGUGAGCAAAGAAAGCCUUGACGCACCUGUUUCCAAAGCUGAACAACUUGCUGGCCUUGGGAACAUCCACUCCCGCUGGACCUGAAUGCCCAAUCUCCAAACGUGCAGCUGGACAAAAUGCCUCUCAACGCGGAUGGUGAACGGGGCUACGGCAGCGUGAAUGCGGGGUCGGGAGCAGGGCUGGCGGGCAACCUGGGUCGCGCGGAGACGGUACCGUUGCUCAUGCCGGAGCCGGAGCCCGAACCCGAACCGUUCAGGUGGAAGCCCCUGAGCAAGGAGGAGCUGGAGCUCAUCGCGGGCGGUCCCGGUUGGAAUAAGUUCCGCAGCCGCCUGGUGCUACUCUUCUGGGUCUGCUGGCUGGUCAUGCUCGGCGCUGCUAUCGCCAUCAUCGUGCAGAGCCCCCGGCCGGUGGCGCCGCAGCUGCACUGGUGGGAGAAGGAGGUGUUCUACCGUUUGCAGCCGGCCUUGCUCAUGGACUCGGAGGGGCGUGCUGUCGGCGGAUUUGAGGUGAUGCGUGAGAAGCUGCCCUACUUGAAGUCCCUGGGGGUGGGGGCGCUGAUUUUGGAGGGUUUUUUCCCGAAGGGCAUCUCCCCGUCCAACCUCACCGAGAUGAGCCACAGCAUUGGCACCAUGCCUCAGUUUCAAAAGCUUCUCACAGAGAGUCACCAGAAAGAUAUGAAGAUCCUGUUGGACCUGUGCAAUUUGGAUGUAUUGAAUGAGCAGGGACCAAUGAACAACACAGAGGGUCUUUCUGACUCCUCGGGAUACAUACAGUACUCUCUGAAGUUUUGGCUGGAGCAGGGGGUCUCUGGCUUUGGAAUAUGCGAUACGGACGCAACCUACUCCGAGAAGAUCCUGAUGAAGUGGAGGGCUCUGCUGCAGGAGUUCAGUGAAGUGGACAAUGAACGGAUUCUGGUGGUGAGGGAAACGACAGACAGUUUUGUGAUGACCAACGCGUCCAGUGGGGGGGUGAACGCGACCCUGGUGGAGCUGGUGACACGGCCCCUGCUGCCCCCCUCCGCCCACCCCCUCUCCGCCGUAGAGGUGGCCACCGCCGUGGAGGAGAACCUCCAGACCCCCCGCACACAGUGGCCCAGCUGGACCGUUGGUGGGCCCGUCUCUCCAGAGCUUCAGAGGAUCGUCAUGGUGCUGCUGAUGACCCUGCCUGGCACUCCGGUGGUCAGCGAUGGUGAGGAGGUCAGCCCAGCACAGAACACCACAGUGAAUGCCACAGAGAUUUCCGUUCAGGGUGAAGGGAAGAAGUGGCGCUCAGCUCUUUCACUCUUCCAGUCUCUGAGUACCACACGCGCUCGCGAGGAGGCCCUUCUCUUCGGCACCUUCACCUUCCUCCCCUUCAACGCCUCCUCCUCUUCCUCGCCCACGCCGCCGCUGGCCUACCUGCGCUCCUGGGGCUGCGUCCACUUCCUGGUCCUGCUCAACCUGGGCUCGGAGCCCCACCCCCUCUCUCCUGAUUGGGCACCAAGCCUGCCCGAAGGCGGAGUGUUCGUCACCAGCACUAAGAUGGAGCGUCUGGGUGCCGUCUCCCUGGAGACGCUAAACAUGCUGCCUCAGGAGGCCAUCGUUAUUAAACUGUUUGAGAGUGGCAGCUUCGCCUAGAGACCGCCCUGUGAUUGGUGGAGACGAGGCACAAGAUUUAUGUGGGCAAAACAAAUAUUGGACACAAGGGGGGGGGGGGUUAUUAUUAUUAU